AUGGCUACCAGGAGCACCCAGCGCCGUGAUUCACUGCCGGCUGUUUGCCAGCAACACCCAGCCGGUCUUUACGAAGUGUGCGGCCUGCCGGCUGCCGCCGGCCCCAGGCCCAGGCCGCUGGGAGCGGGGCUGCCCCGCAGGGGCUGGGAGGGGAAGGGGCCGGGCGGGGGGGAGAGGUCGGGCGCUCGGGUCCCCCGCGGCCCCCGCGGGGCUGGCACCCGGGGCGGACGCAGCGACGAGAGGGACGGACUCGGCGCGGGGCAGGCCCGCGGGGCGGCGGGGGUCAGCGGCGCGGCCUCCGCGGGCAGUGGGCGGCGGUUGCCGGGGCGGCGGGGGCGGGCUGUCUGCCGGAAGCACCGGCGGCGGCGGCGGCGGAUGGAGGCUGAGCCGGAGCGAGCGGAGGCGCCGCGGCGGGGGGGCGUCGCCGGGGUACUAAAGAUGGGCCGUCGCGCCCGCCAGGACUUCUUUCCAGAUGAAAAUCUCAGCAGGAAGAAUUCCCCGUCUGCUUCUCUUGGAGAGGAUGAAGACCCUGAGGAAAAGGUUGACCAUGGUCCACCACCUAAACCCCCACGCCGGCAAGGAGGCUGGGCAGAUGAUCCUGUACUGGCACCUACCAGGUCAGGAAGAAAGCAUGCAGAAGAAGUAGAAGACCAUCGUCUCAGACAGCAGAGCCUGGAGGCAUCAGAUGAUGGAGGAGACAUUCCCGUGAUCCCUGACUUGGAGGAAGUCCAGGAGGAAGAUCUGGCCAUGCAAGUGGCAGCUCCCCCCAGCGUGCAGGUGAACCGAGUGCUGACCUACCAUGACCUGGACAAAGAUCUAAUGAAGUAUGCUGCCUUUCAGACUCUGGAUGGAGAGGUUGACCUGAAGCUUCUCACCAAAGUUUUGGCUCCAGAGCAUGAACUACGAGAGGAUGACGUCAGCUGGGAUUGGGACCAUCUCUUCACAGAGGUGUCCUCAGAACUAGUGACUGAGUGGGACCUGGGACAGUCUGAGAGAGAGGACCACCUCAGCCUGCCCUAGAGCACUGGCACACCAGACAUCUCACACAUGCAUCCCCUGUAAAUAGUUUAGCACUUUAAUUUUCUAUUUGCUUGUUUGUAUUUGAGAAUUUAUUUCAGACAUGAAAAUAAAUAGGGCCUUGCUUCAUAGGAAAACUGGCUCGGGAGAAGUUUUGGGUAUUUUGUAAUAAGAAUCUUUGUUCUCAAAAGAGAUUAAGAAUUCUAAACACAAUAAAAUACUUACUUAUGAACAGUUGCUUCCACCUCACUAACACCUUUACAGAUAACUGCAAUGGUUGAUCUUUCCACUACGGAAAUGUAGCCUCUCUGGAGUGGAGCAUCUUACAAUGGAGUGUGGUUUUCAGUGAUGGCUAUCAGAGAAGCUUAGGCCGAUAUGAUUUGCUUGCCUAGUACAUCAAGAUUACCAUCUUCCUCACAACAGAUGCCACAAGUUGUCAGGAUAUUGGUUUUACGUUUCAUCCAGCAGCCUCCAGCCAUCCCCUGCUAGUUUAACCUCUCUCCGGGAACAUUACCUCUGUAUUGACUCAGAGGAAGCAGCAUCACCUAUUAAACUGCCAACACCACUUCCUACAGCACCUCUUUUUCCCUUGAGGUUUCCCAGCUAAAUUCUGACCAGGCCUAACCUGGCUUAGCUUUUGCAAGCAGAUGAGAUCACAGCCUGAAUGGAGAUAGCUUCAGGCAAUAGGUAGUUUGCAAAGAAAAUACUGUUUAUUCCACACGUGUGAAAGAAUGAAGCCUGCUGCUCUGAAACAGGGUAACUCCCUUGUGGGUGUCUCCUUGGAACCAAGUAACCCACUUUUAUUGUCAUCUAAAGAAAAAUCCAUUUAGCUUUUAAUGCCUUGUCCCCAUAGAACCGUGGUCAUUAUUUGCAGGAAACAGUAACAUUACUUCUAAGCCAAUGUCCUUCAAAGCCUUGUCCCAUUGGAGAAUCUUGCUAUAUACUUCUGGGGGGCGGUGCAGGCGCUGGAAGGAAGGCUUGCUGUGCUGCUUUUCUUAGCUUGUUUGGUCGGUCCAAUAGAGCACUGCAUUCUCACUCUUGUACUGACAGCAGGACAGGUCAAAUAACUCACUGUGAAUUCAGUACUCUGCAAAAUUUCAGAUCAGAGUUGAUAUGCCAGACAAUUCUACCAACAAGAGAGAAGCAAUUGGGUCCCAGUCUGGGGCCACCAAAAUAAGGGGAGGCUCAUCUGUCUCAAGGAGACACUAAGUUUUUUAUAGGCAAGAAAUCUCCCCUAUAACUAGAAAACUAGGUGAGACAGAAGCCUGGGAGGCCAGCGUAUGGAGGAUAAUCCUGAAGCCUUUCUCUGAGCAGAGAAACCUAUCUUGGUAUGAACAGAAACUUCCCAGCUCAGCUAGCAUCUAUCUUUCUGCAACACCUAUGGUUCUUGUCCAGAGAAAAUUUAGAAUGCUUCCUACAUUCCAGGGGAAAAAAAAAAAAAAAAUUCAGAAAAAUAAAAUAGUUUAGUAAAUUAGACAAACCCAGCAAGCCAGUCUGAGAGGAAGAGGGUGGUAAAUGCCUCCAUUUGGGGAUGGGACAUGGAUUUGCUCAGUUCAUCCCUCAAAGAUCAGAGAGAAAGCAGAGGCACUCACUCUCCUCAGUUGCAAACUGUAGGAGCAUCUACUGUGGGUUCUCUCCCUUCUACUUGAUCUGAGGCUCUAAUCCACACUGCUCCUGUAAGCUGCUUUGCGUGGUAUCACCUUAUCAAGUGGUAUCUGCUUCCACUGAGACUCUAGCCUCUUUGAAGCAUGAAGCGAACAUAACUUUCUGUGCCCUGAGAAUGAGAGGAUAAAUUUUGGUCAUUGCAGCAGUGGCCCAAACUAGACUACCAGUACCCCCACUGAAACUUGGGUCUCUGCACCAUGUCCCUACCAGCAAAGUAACUGUCUUCCUACUAUGAUGCUGCAGUUGCCUCCAGUUUGUUGAGGAGGAGGGCAGGAAAACAACAUGAGCCGAGAGAGAAAGGGAGGCUGAGAGGUGAGCCCACCUUCCUCCCUUCAGUCACUGUCACACAGCAUAGGAGGCCUUGCACUUUUGGGUGGCCUCAUAAAACCAUGCAGUCACCCAGUACAAAUCAACCAGUUUUCAAAGACCACAAAAGCUGAAGAUGCCCAGGCCUGAGGCACAAGAGUGGGGGAACUAUGAAUCCAGUGUCUCUGGUUGCCCAGCCUGAGGUAUGGUGUGUGAUAUGGAACCUAUUAUAUGUUGCGUUUUCUUUAGGGUCUUGGGGAGGUGGCAUUGCUGGCCACAUGGAGCAUUAAGAGUGGAUAACUAAGCAGUAGUUAAGACUGCAGCCAUUGAGUGCUCCGUGCAGGAGUCAUGCCAAGCCUAUUGCUCCUCUCGCAGCUGUGCGCUGCACCAACAAUCCUGGGUUGUCUCCAGGAAGGCUUGCGGAGCCAUCUUCUGCUUCCAAGAGCUGCUCUGAUCAUCCUGGGCGGGCAGAGCACUCCUGUCUGGCUGCUCUCCCAGCAGGGAGGAAUGAGAAGUGGAACUGUGCUGUGCAGUGGUGCUCAGCCCCUCAGAGGCCACAGGGGCCCUUCAGGAGUCAAGAGGAAGAGGAAAGCACCCCUUGAAGCAAGAGCAGGAGGGACAUCAGACCCCAGAGAUCCUCCUGGAGAUGGUGAGAGGUAGGAACGGGGGAGGGCUUGGGGAGGGCUUUGAGGCAGGGUGUGGGGAGGAAGGGGCCAGGAGCAAGACCGGGAUUUGUGGGAGAGGCAGAGUAGAAGCAAGAGGAGCAAGGAGGUUGAAUGAUUUGGGAACAGAGUACGCAUAAAAUUUGGAGCAGAGUGAGGCCAGAGCAGGUGCUGGUGGAGAGCCGGGAGAGAACAGAGCACAAGAAGACCAUAGUGGGAGUUGAAUGAGGCCUUUGCUGAUGAGUUGUGGUCAUGUUGUGCUGGAGGAGCUGCUCUAAAGCUGCAUAAAAUCUCCCAGAGGAGUGUGCUUGGGGCUGGGUGCUGUUGGCUACCCCCGUCCGGCUUGAGGCCCUGCACAAGGAUGCUCUGGGGUGGGAGGCAAGUGUGUGGGGGCCAGGCCUGUGCCCACUCUGGGCCCUUGGGAGCCGAGCAAAUACAUGGGCAGAAUUUGAGAGCAGGGCUUGAAAAAAUCACAGCCUCAUCUAUUUUAAGGCUGGAAGAGGUGGCUUUGAUCAUUUAGUCUGACCUGCUAUAAUACAGGCCAUGGCAGAGUCCAGUGAGAUGUGGCUGAGCUUUCCCUGUCUUUUAGAAAGGCAGGCAGUCUAUUUGAAAAUCUUCCCUGGUUAGUUUUUCUAAUAGAAAAUUGCCCUUAUGGUUCAAAAUCUGCUUUAUGUCUAGACUCAGUUUUUGAGUUUCAUAUUCUGUUCCCUGAGCCUGCUUAUGCUUUCACCCUCCCAGUUAAGCCAUGCUGUCAGAUGUUUUCUCCUUGCUUCAGUAUUUGUGUGCACUGUGAUCAAAUUGUCUCUUUAAUUUCCUUCAAUAAACUUAAUAGACUGAGA